UAUCACUGGAGAUCGGAGACACCGUUCAAAUAUUAGAGAAAUGUGAUGGAUGGUACAGAGGAUUUGCCUUAAAAAACCCCAAUGUUAAGGGCAUAUUUCCAUCUAACUACAUUCACUUGAAGAAUGCAUGUGUUAAGAACAAAGGAAAUGACAUCAACUCUAAGAGACUGGGGAACUAUGUGGAAACAACUCUAUGUGAGGAAUGAGGGGGAUCUCUUUCACCGGCUGUGGCACAUAAUGAAUGAAAUCCUGGACCUGCGCAGGCAGGUCCUUGUUGGCCACCUCACCCAUGAUCGAAUGAAGGAUGUCAAGCGACACAUCACUGCUCGUCUGGACUGGGGCAACGAACAGCUGGGGCUUGACUUAGUUCCAAGAAAAGAGUAUGCUAUGGUGGAUCCUGAAGACAUCAGCAUUACAGAGCUCUACAGGCUGAUGGAACAUCGCCAUCGAAAAAAAGACACACCAGUUCCAGCUAGCAGCCACCAUCUUUUUGUUCAGAUGAAGAGUUUAAUGUGCUCCAAUCUGGGAGAGGAACUGGAAGUAAUCUUUUCACUCUUUGAUAGUAAAGAAAAUCGACCCAUCAGUGAAAGAUUUUUUUUAAGACUGAAUAGAAAUGGUUUGCCAAAAUGUCCAGAAAAGCCUGAAAGACACUGUUCUCUCUUUGUGGACUUGGGUAGCAGUGAACUCAGGAAGGACAUCUAUAUCACUGUGCACAUUAUCCGAAUAGGACGAAUGGGAGCUGGAGAAAAGAAAAACGCCUGCAAUGUACAAUAUAGACGUCCCUUUGGCUGUGCAGUCCUCAGUAUUGCAGAUUUGCUGGCAGGAGAUUCAAAGGAUGACCUUGUCUUAAAAGUCUACAUGUGCAACACAGAGAGUGACUGGUAUCAGAUCCAUGAAAAUAUCAUUAAAAAGCUGAAUGCACGUUACAACUUGACAGGCUCCAAUGCAGGUCUGGCAGUUUCUCUUCAGUUGCUUCAUGGAGACAUAGAACAAAUUAGGAGGGAGUAUACAUCCAGAUUUACCCAUGGAGUAUCCAUAACAAGGAAAUUAGGUUUUUCCAAUAUUAUAAUGCCUGGUGAAAUGAGGAAUGAUUUAUAUAUCACUGUAGAAAGAGGAGAAUUUGAAAAAGGAGGGAAAAGUGUGGCCAGAAAUGUGGAAGUGACAAUGCAUGUGGUGGACAGCAGUGGUCAAAUCUUAAAGGAUUUUAUCUCAUUUGGCUCCGGAGAGCCACCAGCCAGCGAAUACCAUUCUUUUGUGCUUUAUCAUAACAAUUGCCCCAGGUGGGCUGAGCUGCUGAAACUUCCUAUUCCUGUGGAUAAGUUCAGAGGAGCUCACAUCCGCUGUGAAUUCCGGCACUGUUCCACAAAAGAAAAGGGUGAGAAGAAGUUGUUUGGCUUUUCUUUCAUGCCCCUGAUGCAGGAAAAUGGGAGGACUCUGCCAGAUGGCACCCAUGAACUAAUUGUACACAAGUGUGAAGAAAAUGCAAACCUUCAGGAUUCUGGUCGCUACCUCAAACUCCCCUUUUCAAAGGGAAUAUCCCUAGGAAACAACAGCCAAGCAGUAAAAACCACUAAAGAGUCCUUCUGGAUUACAUCUUUUCUCUGCUCCACUAAACUCACACAAAAUGGAGAUAUGCUUGACCUUCUGAAGUGGAGAACCCACCCAGACAAAAUUGCAGGUUGCCUCUCAAAAUUAAAAGAAAUUGAUGGUUCAGAAAUAGUGAAGUUUCUUCAAGAUACACUAGACACUUUAUUUGGGAUUUUAGAUGAAAAUUCUCAAAAAUAUGGAUCAAAAGUAUUUGAUUGCUUGGUUCACAUAAUAAAUUUGCUGCAGGACAGCAAGUUUCACCACUUUAAGCCAGUAAUGGACACUUACAUUGAAAGUCAUUUUGCAGGAGCACUUGCAUACAGAGAUCUUAUAAAAGUACUGAAGUGGCAUAUUGAUCGAGUCACUGAGGUGGAGCUUCAUGAUCACAUACAGGAAGUACUAAAGGCACAGGAAUAUAUCUUUAAAUACAUAGUUCAGUCUCGAAGAUUAUUCUCUAUUGCUACUGGUGGACAAAAUGAGGAGGAAUUUCGCUGCUGUAUUCAAGAGCUCCUUAUGUCAGUACGCUUCUUCCUGUCUCAAGAGAGCAAAGGAACAAGUGCUUUAUCCCAACUACAAGCUGUGUUUCUCAGCUCGUUCCCAUCAGUGUACUCAGAACUUUUGAAGCUCUUUGAUGUGAGAGAAGUGGCAAAUUUGGUUCACGAUGCUUUGGGCAGCUUGCCAACAGUGAUGCAUGGGGAUGAGUCCCUUCAAGCUGUUAAACUGCAGAGUAUUGGGAAAACUGUGGAGAGUCACCUGUACACUAACCCAGAUUCUCGAUGCAUUCUUCUUCCAGUAGUUUUACAUCAUCUCCACAUGCAUUUACAGGAGCAGAAGGACCUUAUAAUGUGUGCCCGUAUCCUUAGCAACAUAUUUUGCCUCAUCAAGAAGAACAGCUCAGAAAAAUCAGUCCUGGAAGAAAUUGAUGUGAUUGUAAACAGUCUGCUAGAUAUUCUGUUAAGGACCAUACUAGAGAUCACCAGCCGACCACAACCAUCAGGCUCUGCUCUGCGCCUCCAGUUUCAAGAUGUGACUGGAGAAUUUGUCUCCUGUUUAUUGUCACUCUUGCGACAAAUGACUGAUAGACAUUAUCAACAGCUUCUUGAUAGCUUCAACACAAAGGAAGAUCUGAGGGAUUUCCUGCUGCAGAUUUUCACAGUAUUUCGGAUACUAAUACGACCAGAGAUGUUUCCAAAAGACUGGACAGUGAUGCGUUUGGUUGCAAACAAUGUGAUCAUUACUACAGUCUUGUACCUUUCGGAUGCCCUUCGUAAAAACUUCUUAAAUGAAAACUUUGAUUACAAGAUAUGGGAUUCCUACUUUUUUCUUGCUGUCAUUUUUAUAAACCAGUUAUGUCUGCAACUGGAGAUGUUCACACCUUCCAAGAAGAAAAAGGUUUUAGAAAAAUACGGUGACAUGAGGGUAACAAUGGGAUGUGAAAUCUUCAGUAUGUGGCAAAAUUUAGGAGAACACAAACUUCACUUUAUUCCAGCAUUGAUUGGCCCUUUCCUGGAAGUGACCUUGAUCCCUCAGCCAGACCUGAGGAAUGUAAUGAUUCCUAUUUUCCAUGACAUGAUGGAUUGGGAGCAAAGGCGAAGUGGCAACUUUAAACAGGUGGAAGCAAAGCUGAUUGACAAACUGGACAGCCUAAUGUCAGAAGGUAAAGGUGAUGAAACAUACCGAGAACUCUUCAACAGUAUAAUUCCACUUUUUGGUCCUUAUCCUAGUCUGCUGAAGAAAAUUGAGCGGGAAACAUGGAGGGAAAGUGGUGUUUCAUUAAUUGCCACUGUGACUCGCCUCAUGGAGAGGCUCCUGGACUACAGGGACUGCAUGAAAAUGGGAGAAGUGGAUGGCAAAAAGAUUGGCUGCACUGUUAGCCUUUUGAAUUUUUACAAGACUGAACUGAACAAGGAAGAGAUGUAUAUUCGCUAUAUUCAUAAGCUCUAUGACCUACAUCUGAAAGCACAAAACUUCACAGAGGCUGCCUACACGCUCCUGCUGUACGAUGAGCUGCUGGAGUGGUCUGAUCGGCCACUCAGGGAAUUCCUCAACUACCCCAUGCAAACAGAGUGGCAGCGUAAGGAGUGUCUCCAUCUGACCAUCAUUCAAAACUUUGAUAGGGGAAAGUGUUGGGAAAAUGGCAUUAUCUUAUGCAGGAAAAUUGCAGAACAGUAUGAGAGCUACUAUGACUACAGAAACCUCAGCAAGAUGAGGAUGAUGGAAGCAUCUCUAUAUGAUAAAAUUAUGGAUCAACAGCGUUUGGAGCCAGAAUUUUUCAGAGUUGGUUUCUAUGGGAAAAAGUUCCCAUUCUUCUUGAGGAAUAAGGAAUUUGUUUGCCGAGGACAUGACUAUGAAAGGCUGGAGGCCUUCCAGCAGCGAAUGUUGAAUGAGUUCCCACAUGCCAUUGCUAUGCAACAUGCUAAUCAGCCAGAUGAGACCAUCUUUCAGGCAGAAGCACAGUAUUUGCAGAUUUAUGCAGUGACACCAAUUCCAGAAAACCAGGAAGUCUUGCAGAGAGAUGGCAUUCCUGAUAAUAUCAAGAGCUUUUACAAAGUAAAUCACAUCUGGCGAUUCCGAUAUGACAGACCAUUUCACAAAGGGACCAAGGACAAGGAAAAUGAAUUCAAGAGUCUAUGGGUAGAGAGAACCACACUGAUCUUGGUGCAGAGUUUACCUGGAAUAUCUCGCUGGUUUGAAGUAGAAAAACGUGAAGUGGUGGAAAUGAGUCCCCUUGAGAAUGCUAUUGAAGUCUUAGAAAAUAAGAACCAGCAGUUAAGAACACUGAUUAGUCAGUGUCAAACUCGACAGAUGCAGAACAUUAACCCUCUCACAAUGUGUCUAAAUGGGGUCAUUGAUGCAGCAGUUAAUGGUGGAGUUGCUAGAUACCAAGAGGCAUUCUUUGUCAAAGAAUACAUCUUGAACCACCCAGAAGAUGGAGAGAAGAUUACACGCUUAAGAGAACUUAUGCUUGAGCAGGCCCAAAUUCUAGAGUUUGGCUUGGCUGUGCAUGAGAAGGUGGUGCCACAGGAUAUGAGGCCAUUGCACAAAAAGCUGGUGGAUCAGUUCUUUGUGAUGAAGUCAAGCUUGGGAAUACAGGAGUUUUCUGCCUGUGUACAAGCCAGCCCUAUUCAUUUCCCAAAUGGAAGUCCUCGUGUAUGCCGGAAUUCCAUACCCAUUUCUAUGAGCCCUGAUGCUGCCAGGGUAAUACCACGACGCAGCCCCUUGAGUUACCCAGCUGUCAAUCGGUAUUCAUCCUCAUCACUGUCAUCCCAAGCUUCUGCUGAAGUCAGCAACAUCACUGGGCAGUCGGAAAGCUCAGAUGAAGUUUUCAACAUGCAGCCUAGUCCAUCUACCUCAAGCCUGAGUUCUACUCAUUCUGCUUCACCUAAUGUGACCAGUUCUGCUCCAUCCAGUGCCAGAGCUUCUCCUCUGUUGUCCGACAAGCAUAAGCAUUCCCGAGAAAACUCUUGCCUGUCUCCCAGAGAGAGGCCCUGCAGUGCCAUCUACCCUACUCCUUUGGAAACUUCUCAGACUACAAACUCUUGCUUUGCCAAGUGGAAUGCGACUUCUAUCCCCCACUCUAUCCGAGAUUGCAUAAGGGAGGCUGAGGAGCUCGUAGGCCCAGUCUCCGCUCUCUCUGAGACUCGCCCAGCAGCAAAGUCUCCCAAUCUGUCUCUACCCUCAGUGUCCCAAGAGAGGAGAAUGCUGUUUAAUCAUAUUGGAGAUGGUGCUUUGCCACGAAGUGAUUCCAAUCUGCCCGGCUCUGACAAAGCUGUAAACACCACCCCCAGCAGCUGGAGCCUGGACAGUGGGAAGGAAGCCAGAAACACAUCAGAAAGUGGAAAGCUUAUAUCUCCUCCUGUACCACCAAGACCUGCACAGACUGCAUCACCAGCAAGACACAUAGCCUCCAUUUCCCCUUCUCCUGCUGGAAGAUCACCAAUGAAGGGGUCUGUGCAAUCAUUCACACCGUCUCCAGUGGAGUAUCAUUCCUCGGGGCUCAUAUCCAACUCCCCGGCGCUGUCAGGGAGUUACAGCAGCGGCAUCUCUUCGCUCAGCCGAUGUAGCACAUCAGAAACAUCAGGCUUUGAAAGCCAAGGCAGUGAACCAGCAGUGACUGUCCCAAGCUACAGCAUUUCUGAGGAGCCUGUGAGAAAAGAAAGCAAAACCCCACCACCUUACAGCGUGUAUGAGCGGACUUUGAAGCGCCCCGUUCCUCUACCUCACAGCCUCUCCAUCCCGCCCGCCGCAGACCCCCCGGCACUGCCACCCAAGCCACAGCUUGUUCGGCCAAACAACCUGGAAAACAGCAGCAGGAGGACUGAGCAGGUUCCCCGGCCCAGGCCUCUGCCCCGCAAAGUCUCUCAGCUAUGAGAAGCCACUUUUAUAUUUAAUUGCAACACAUUCUUUACUGUUUAAGAAAUAAUAUUUUUUAAAAAUGGUAAAACUCAUUUAGUUAGGCACUUUAAUAUUUUGUCCACCUUUUCUUUUGAGUAAUUUUGAAAUGCUUAUUAAUAUUACGUUGCACAUUUUAAAUGAAAUUACUAAUUUAGGUUACCAGAUAUUAUAGGAAGCAUGAAUGAGAGGAUUUUUUUUUUUUUAAUUUUGUGGUGGUGAAUACUGAUAAAUGCUUUUAUUUGAACUUUAUUUUUAUUUAAAAAAUCUAAAACCCUACAACUCUCAUCUGAAUUAGCUGAAUGCUUCUUACAAAAUGCAGAAUAUACUGACUGGAUCUUUACUACUAGAGAUAAAUGCACGCUUUCUAACAAAGUAGUCUGUAGACUAGGAUGUUUCUGCAAGUAGGCUGAAAGUUGUUUCUCUUAUCUGAUGAACAGGUUGGUAAUUUCAAAUGUAUGUGGCAAAACUGAGAUAUAAUGCAAGUUAUAUAGCAGAGGACUGUUGUAAGAAUGUGGUUUGGAAUUUUUGAAACACACACUUGGCUUAUUUUUUUUUAAGAUGGAAAAAUACCUGUAUUUCAUUCAACAUAUAGUACCAUUCUGGUGAAUCACGAUAAGGUUUUGUGCCAUUAGUGUACGUACCUGACACAUCUUUUUCUUUUUGAGGUGCAAUUUACUUUUAUUCUUCCAGUUAAUGUAUUUUUUGUUGUUGUUUUAGUUUCAGAUUUUUUAUGAAUGCUCUCUGCUGUUCUUGGAAGUUCACCCUAAAAUACAAUCUGUAUAUUAAAUAGGUACAAAUGAAUUGUUCAUUUAACUUGUGUACAAGAGUCAAUACUGACUAGUAUCAAGGCAAUUCACUGAAUGAGCCAAUUUUUAAAAAUACAAAUGGCUGGUUUACAAUCCACUCAUUUCAAAAGCUAAUUGUGAUGGUCAUUAAUAAUUUUCUAAAAGUCUGGUAAAAAUUCUGAACAGUUCCUUGGAUGUGUAUGUGCCAUUGGAGCCAGGCUUUUGAUUUGCUUUUUAGCUUGAGUUCAUCACCAUCAUCUUUAUUGUCAAGAAUGGUGUUUGGCCUUAGGUUGUAUUUUAGUGACUGGCAUCUGAAGAGCUCUGGAAAGCUAAUGCCAAGACAUAGGAAUGUGGAGGGGAAGGAAAAAAAAGCACCUUCUGUAUGUUUUGUAUCCUCUUUCUUUUAUUGACUGUUUAAAUGUGCUUGGGAACAGAUGUGUGAACUACAUUUUAAAUCAUAUUGUUAAAAAUAUUCUCCCUCUUUUGUUGGGAAGCUCAUGUUGAUCUUAGCUGUGUUUGAUUUGUUGAUAGUUUAACUGGAAGAAAGUGACCACUUUUUUAUAUUCUCUCAAUUAAACCUUCAGCAGUUACAAGCUGUUGACAGUAGUUAUAGAAGUUUUCUAUAAUAAAUGUUCAAGUAUUUUUGUACAUAAUUGGUAAAUUUUAAUAAGGAGUGUACCAUUAUGUGAAAAAGAAGCAAACAGUUGUGUAUGCAGUAAGAUUGUUAUAAUUAUGCCAAAUACUUUAUGUAUGGAAAAAAGAAUAUUUGUAAAUAUGUGCUUUUAACAAUAAUUCUGCCAUAUUGACUUUACAAUUUUGAAUGUCAGAAAAAAAUAAUAUAUGUUAAAAUAUUUAUGUUUUAGUGAAAGUAUUCAUAACUUGAAAAGGAACAUAUGAAUUUUAGCUUUGUAUCUUGCUGAUUUCAAAGUCUGAAAUUCCUUGAACUAGCUCUUGCUUUCUACUAUAACAUUUUUAUGUCUGUAACCACAUCAUAAAACCUGUAGAAGGCUACAUAUUUAUGCUGAUAUAAAAAGUAAUGCCUGAAAUUUAAAUAAGGUGUCACAAGUAAGAUAACAAAGCUGCUCUGAUUUUUUUUUUCCACCCAUGUAGUUUAAUAGAUUUUGUUGACUAGUGCUUGAGCACAGUACAGUAUGGAUCAGUGUUAUUUGCUCCUGAAGCCUUUUUUUUUCAAUUUCUGGCAGUAAGCAGAGUUGAUAACUUUAUCAUUUGUGUGCAUUACUGGUCAGCUUUGCAGCAAAACAUUUCACAAAGUCUCUGUUUACCUAGAAACUCGUAUUGGUUGCUGCAUAAUGUUAGUAUGAAAUAAAAGAACUUGAUUAAUCUUUACAGUACAACUUGUUUUCUACAGAACGAGAGAUUCUAAUUCAGUUACCCACAGAAUGGAACUUCUGACUCCUUGUCUUGCUAAAGCCUUUUUUUUUUUUUCUGUUAAAAAUCUCCUGAUUGAGUUUUCUCCCUAUUUGGACCCAUAAUUGCUUUGUGAGACAAGGUGGGGAGAAUAUUGAUAUGCUCUUCUGAACAAGUGAAGAACACAAAAUUUACUAGAGAGUUCACUGUAAAUUAACCUGCAUGAGCAUUCUGUUUUUAUAACCAGGACAUCAGAAAUACUCUGAAUGACAGAAAAUGGUGUAAAAUUGACAAAGUACUCUUAAGCCGAGUUGACACAUUUUCUGCUUAGCCAGUUUUGACAAAUUGAUUCUGGAGAUCAUUUUUUCAACCUGAUUACCUUUAAAAAAUGUAGUAUGAAAUUUUGUUAUGUAUGUUGCAAUACCCACUGCUUGAAAACCUAAUGUAAAUAAAGGUCUUGUUUGAAUUUUA